GGAGGGGCCGGGACGGCCGAGUGAGCGGCGGCCGCAGCUGCAGCUGGACAGCCCGCGGGCGGCUCGGGGCCGCGCGCCUGGAACCUCGCGGGGCGGGCGGGCGCGGCACCCCCUGCCUGGCCGCCUGUGCCCGGGGGAGGCGGCCCACGCGCGACGGGACCAGCAGCAUGAGCAGCGGCUACAGCAGCCUGGAGGAGGACUCCGAGGACUUCUUCUUCACCGCCAGGACCUCCUUCUUCAGGAGAGCGCCCCAGGGCAAGCCCCGCACCGGCCAGCAAGAUGUGGAGAAAGAGAAGGAAACCCACAAUUACCUCAGCAAAGAGGAAAUCAAAGAGAAAGUUCACAAGUACAACUUAGCAGUCACAGACAAGCUGAAGAUGACCUUGAAUUCAAAUGGGAUUUACACUGGCUUCAUCAAAGUGCACAUGGAACUCUGCAGACCCCCCCAGACGUCUCCGAGCCUCGGAAAGCUUGCUCCUACUAGCAAUGGCUGUACGAACACGCUUCACAUCAGCAGCAUGAACACCGUCGGGGAAGUGAUCGAGGCCCUGCUCAAGAAGUUUCUCGUGACCGAGAGCCCUGCCAAGUUUGCACUUUAUAAGCGUUGUCACAGGGAAGACCAAGUCUACGCCUGUAAGCUCUCAGACCGGGAACAUCCGCUCUUCCUGCGUUUGGUGGCCGGGCCCAGGACGGACACACUUAGUUUUGUUCUUCGUGAACAUGAGAUCGGAGAGUGGGAAGCCUUCAGCCUUCCAGAACUGCAGAAUUUCUUGCGGAUCUUGGACAAGGAGGAAGAUGAGCAACUGCAGAACCUGAAGAGGCGCUAUGCCGCCUACAGACACAAGCUGGAAGAAGCGCUCGGUGAGGUGUGGAAACCUGACUAAGGUGCGGGGCUCCCUGCCGCUCGGGAAGGAAAGGCGCAUGACCUGUGUACAAGCCUACAAGCCGGCACAAGUGUCUCCUCGAUGGAGGGCUGUCUUCUCGCCCCGUGACGCUAGGGUCUUCCCUCUUUGAUCUCUAGAUCUAGUUCCCAAAACCUGGUCCCACGGCAUCACGCACCUUCGGCAUGUUCUGUAAGGGAUCCUGCAAGCUUGUUCUGUUACAGCACUGUGGUGUUACCUCUCGGCAAGCUGUGAAUCUGUAGUCUCAUCUGGAGCCAUCUAGACUGCUUCAAAGCAUGGACUCUGGGUUUUGUUUUUUUGAUUUUUUUUUUUUUUAAUUCCUUACUUUCUUUUAGUUACUUUAAUUAUGUGAUGAUGUUAAGCUGAAGGAUGUGCAAAUGAUUUUUUAAAAGCUUAACAAGGAAUCUAUCUGAAUACUUGUCCUGUGUCGAAACUACCUGUUUGUUUUUUGUUUUUGUUUUUGUUUUUUUGUUUUUGUUUUUAAAUGUCAGAGGAAGUGAUCCAUGUGAACUGUAAGGCACAGGAAGCUAGGAACUCUGAAGGCUUUGUGUGAAGGGUUUUGUAGGAGUUUGACAAAGAAAGUGAAGAGCAAGUUUGGAAGAAGGCAGGAGUGGAAGUUGGGGAGCUCUAUAGGAACGUGAUUUGGGUGACGAGUUGGUGGUAGGGGAGAAAGAUGUAUUUGCUGAUGAGGUGAACGCAUUCAGUUCUGAGAUGUUAAACCCAUGGUAGUACUGCUUGAUUUCCUGGUGAGUCAAGUAUAGGAACAGAGCCAAAGAAAGUAGGAGCUAGACCAAAAGGAGGGACUGGGAAGUCUGCAGCUGAGCAGAACAUUCCGGCAAGUGGACCUUGCAGACCCAGACAGACAGGAGUCAUGCCGCUGGGGCUGCCCUCCCUGUGGACGGUCCAGUGCUCUCUCCUCAGGGCGGUGGGACCAUUUGCUAACUCUUGUUAUGUUGUGGUUCCCCCUCCCCCUCCCCAGCUGUUUUCUGGGUUGAAAAAGAGUCUGGGUGGGGGCCGCUUGGCAGGUAGAGAGCUCAAAGCAUACUUUCGUGACAAUCAGUCCCCUGUCUCCCCCUUUUCCUCCCUUUCCCGUCCCUUCCUCCUCCUCCAUUCUCCCCUCUUUUUUCCUUCCCGCUUCCUCUUACAGUCUGUUCUGACCUAAGGUAGAAUAGGGAUGUGGAUUACAUAGACCCAGCGCCAUCAGACCCUCCUUCCGUAGGACUGCUUGGCUGUAAGGAGGAGGGUGGCAAGAAAGGGAGCCCCUCCCCCCAGCUGAUCACACAAGAGGGGUUCUUUUUGGAAAUGCUUUAACAAAAGUGCAUGUUCCUACCAACCAAAGAAAGGUAUGUGCAAUAGGAACCUUCCUUAAAGCAGGCUAAGUAACCUCAGUUUUGUUUUGUUUUGUUUUUUUGCCAGCAGUCAAUCUGAAAACAAUGGGAAGGGCGCGCUGUGGUUCUUGAGGGGCCUUAUAGUCUAUUUUUAGUCUAGAUGUGUUUUGUUUAUAAAUUCCCAAGGAAUUGUCAACACUUUGGUGACACCUAAUGGAUUCUUUUUGAAAUUCCAAGGUGCUUCAUUUCUUUGCCUCUUAAGUGAACUGUGCCUUCGAUUGCAUUUCGGUUCCCCUCUUGGUGUGGCACUUGUGACUUCUGAGGGAACACCCGUCCUGUUAGAGGCGGGCGUAGGUGGCGGUUAUGCCGGGGCCACGCGUGCUACUGAGACAAUCAUAUCUUCCUGCGCUUUGUAAGGAGAGGUGGGGGAGUAGAACUAGCUAUAAAAUAUGUAUGGCACGUCUUGUUGAAUUUUGCAUGUAACUUCUUUUUAGUGCAUCGAUGAGGUUUUAGUGACACUGUCAUCCAACACUUUUACCUUUGUUGUUCAGGGAACGCCGUCAUGAGUUUUAUACUGGUUUUACUAUUCAGACUGUGGCUUGGGUGGGAGUGUGCUGUUAUCAACCACCUGGUCUUUUAAUCGCCCAUCCCGUAAGCUUAUAGUUUGUGAAGCUUCUGUUUCUCAGAUUAAGACACUGUUAGAACCUAAAGUAGUAGCGGAUGGCUAUCUGUGGGGGGUGGGGGGAUUUUUUUUCCCUUUUUUUUUUUUUUUUUUUAAACUUGAAGUAGAUUGUCUAAAACAGACAUCCUUAUUGUAGGACCCAGAACCUCGCUCAUUGUUGUGCGCACUACCAUUUGCAAUUUGGAAGACUUGCUGUGUUGAAAUUCUGUCCGUACGCAGCUCUUUGAAUACUGAUGUUUUCUCCCAAACAGUGGGUCCCGCAGCAGCAUUUUCGUGGGUGAAAGAAGAAAGGCCACCAAGGCCAAAGAUUUAAAAAAAAUCAUUGUACAAAUUCUAACGUUAAACUGAGCUUUGCUGUAAUACUGUUUUCUCUGCAGCAUGCGAUGGUACAGGAAUGUUGUUAAAUGAAGGGCGGAGUACUACGGGGGAGCAUUUUAAAUCGCAGAAGUAAAAAAGUUAUAAUAUUUAUAAUUUUGAUGAGUUUAUUUUUAUAGGGAAGGUUUUUCUUCCCUACAGUUUCUGGAAUGGCAAAUUGUUUCCAUUAUUAAAAGUCGAAGUUUUUAGCUGA